CUCGCUGUCGGCCGUACUCUGAAUAAAAAUAAUAGCAAAAUAGCAACAAUAGGCGGUAAACAUUAUGAUAUUGUGAUGACGGGGACGAAUAAAAAAACUCGAACGUCAGAAGAAAAAAAAAUGUCGAAAAAAAAUGCGCGCACACAAACGAGACGAUGUGCCGCGGACUGACUGGGCACGUUUGUCCAUAUCAUAAUAUAUAGGUAUAUAUACCUAUAGGUCCACUGGACGGUGCAGCGGGUCGCUAUAUUUUGACUUGUAAUUAUCGCGGAAAUCGUGUGUAGAAAAACCGCUGCGGUGUGAACUAGUUAAGCAAAUGACCAUUUAACUUAUAUUAUUAUAUACUCUUACAUUGUUUUUCAUUCUCCUAUAUUUCUCUCGUUUUCCACUCUGGUCGCCCGCGGGCUGUACCGGCUACCUCGCCUAUAUACACACCACGGCUUCUUCCUCCCACCGCGGACCACAUCCGCUCGCGCGCGAUUCUAUAGUCCCAUAUAGUUCAUUGUCGAAUUCGUUAUAGUCACCGUGUUUAUUUUUUCUUCUCUCCGAUUUUUUUCCUCCUCUCCGUGUCUCUGGGUCGAGUCCGCGCGGUACCUCCCCUCCUCGUCUCACCAUCAUCCUUCAACAGCUACUACCCACACCGACUCCUCCCUUCCGCGGAGUGGAAAAUGACCGGCGCGUGAAACGACGAAUUUUCCGACGACGUUUCCACCGCGUGUACCCACUACAACUAUAUAGAAGUAUAAUGAUGAUAAUAAUAACAAUAUAAUAAUCGCGACGAUGACGGUGUUGAGCGGGGGAUGACGAGGGGCAGCGGCCGUACUUGUGCUAGAGCCGAGAUUGAUUUUCACGUCACUGUCGUCGCCGCCACCGUAGCCGUCGCCGCGUAUAGUCUCGUUCCGUUGACCAUCGGCCGCCAUCCGCGCGUCCAACAACUGUUGCAGGCCACACGCACAUCGCAUACCGUGGUUACGUCGCACAUACCCGGAGCUGAAGUAUAGCUCGACCCGGCCAAAGCUUACCAGGUUCCCGUACCGAUACCCGCGUCGCGGUCACGCAGCCGCCGCCGCCGCCACACAUGUCGCCAACCAUGGCGUUGCCGCUGCUGCUGCUGUCGUCCACGUCGCUGUUGGCACUUCGCGGAGCGUCCGUCGCCGCCACGUCGACCGACGACUGCGUGCUAGACUUGGCCAUCGUCUGCUUGGAUGACAAGCUGCUGGUGUACGUCAACUGGCUGGAGAAGCGGGACAAGCUGAACGUGGUCGGAGACAUCGUGACGAUCGUCAAGAAGAAGGAGGCGGGCCUCGCCGAGGAUCGGUCCAAGCUGCAGCCGUACAACAACAAACCGCACCGAGUCAGCACGUCCCUAGGACCGGCCAUCGACGAGUACUUCGACACGCACACCAUUCGGAUAUCUCUGCCUUGGAUACUCGACGACGACAUAGAUCUGGAACUCGACCAGCAAGGCCGUGGCAAGAAGACCAAAUUGAAACAUCUCAAGAAAAUGAUGUCGAUGUUGGGCGUAAUCAUGUGCGCCAAACUGUCGCUGAUGGGACCGUUGGCCAUGGUCAUGAUUGGUGUCAAGGCGCUAAAGGCCCUGCUGCUGGCCGUCAUCUCGCUGACCAUAUCCAAAAUCAUGUUGCUCAAGAAGUUUAAGGGCGGUGGUGGUGGCGGCGGAAGUGGUUCCGUGGUCCAGGCCGACUGGUCGUCGGACAAAGAUGAUCGGAACGCGCAUUUGCUGGCCUACGCCGGACAAUCGGCCGCCACUUCGGGGACAGCCGUCAUGUCACCGUCUUCGCAACAGCCUCUCCAACAGAUGUAUCCUUCGUACGAGCCUUACGGCUAUCACGGGGCAGCCUAAACGCCGUCUCGUUGACACUGACUUCACCAUCAACUACCAACACAACCAGCACUAUCCACACAUCACUGACACCUCCGUCAAGACUUCCUGUCAUCGGAUAUGAAGUUUAGUAUAUAUAUAAUAUAUAUAUUUAUCACUUCCGUGUAUAUCCUUUCGGAAGUGGGCGGACUUACGUCAUUCAAACGCGCGUGUCCGUUAAACUAGUCACCGCUUUACCCCUUAGAAAUUCACAAACCAACCACCAUCACCAUUAUCGAUGACGUAUCUCCUCUGACCCGUCAUCGUUUAGUUAUAGCUGCAGGUAUAUAGUUUGCCAUCCUCGAGAUCUGUAAGUCGCCACUAGUGCACAUUUCGUCCAUCAAAUUAUUAUAAUGUCGUGGAACGUAUCUGGUAAUCAUAGGAUUCCCCCCCCCCUCAGUCUAAUAUUAUUUAGUUUUAUUAUUUUUAAUGUUAUAUAUUAUAAAUGAAUAUAUUACAAUAAUAUUAUUGUCCUUACCGCACCAACAGAUGAUUUUUUUCUACAUGAUAUAUCUUCUAAUUUUCUCAGCCAAUUUUAGUGUUAUGUGCAUUAUUUUUUGUAUCGUUGAAUAGUAUACCUAGGUACUUAUAAGUAGCGAUACAUUAUAUAUUUAUACAAUUUUUUUUCAAAGAUAGAGAAAACAAAGUUUCAAUAUUUUUUAUGAAUGUCCUUUUUAGGUUUUUUUAAAAAACGUUUUCUAAUGGCAACCCUUAUUUUUAGUUCAUAGUCCUAACAAUUUUAACUAGAAUAUUUUUUUAUGAAAAAUAUGUAUUCUAUUUAUGAUUAUUAUUAAAUGUACGGUUUAGAGGACUGCUGUGUUAAUGGAUACUCUACAAAUUGUCGGUUAUAACUACUCGAAUCAUCAAUAAUAUUUUAAAAUUUUAAAUAUUUAUAAAUAAUAAACUAUUGGUUCAAUAUUCUAUAUAUUUUACUUAAUCAAUCCCUAUCAAAAAGUAAUACUGUAUAAUAUACAAUUAAAAAUAUGAAUUGCCAUUAAAAAAAUAAUUAACCUAAAAAGACAUUAUGGAAAAAAUAAUAUUUUUAUUGCAAAAAUGUAAAUGUUUUGUAAAAACACAAAUAUUUACCUCUUAAAAUAUCGUAAUUAAAUAAAUUAUUUUGAGUUUUAUCGAUAAUUCUGAAACUUUGAAAAUAAUAUACUACGCAUUAAUAGUACCUAUUUGUUGCGGAUAACAAAACAUAAUUUAAAAAAUAUUAUCGCGUGGCAAUGUCCUUAAUAAUACAUAUACAUCUAAAACCUUUUAUACAACAAGAGUUGAAAAAUGAUUCAAAACGAUCUAGUUAAUCGAAAAAUUGUAUAGUUUGUGUUUUUACUUUUUUAAGCUACAAUUCUGUGUGCUUUUGACGUACUCUAUUUCUUUUUUUUAGAAUUAAAAUUAUGAGAGUUAAUGGUAUAAUAUGAGUAAUAUACAUCAUAAUUAAAUAUAUAUGGCGGAUAUGUCGUGUCACAACACGCUAAGCUUCCAUAUACUCCUCCUACCCAUCCCUUGGCGUAAAAUCUAAUUCGAUUGACAACGAAUUUCGUGUACAGUUUUUUAAGAAUAUUAUUGUCGAUACGAUAAAACUGACCACCGUUUAUUGUAUUAAACAUAAUUUUUAGGCAACCACUUGAUAGAAAUUAAAUCAAUUUUAAUAAUUACCAUACCCGACUCGGUCGCUACAUAAAACAAUUCUACUUACAAUAUGAGAAUUUAUAGUUUUUUUUUUAUCUUAUAACCUUCAUAUAUUUUUUAUAAUAUUCACAACUGUAAUUUUUAUUUUUUGUUUAUUUUUAUAUACACCGUUUUAAUAAAUAAUAAUAUCAUAAUAAUUGUAUAUUGUAUGUAUUUUAUACAGUUUUUAUUAACACGUAUUAUUGUCCGUUCUUUCGUAUGUAUACAUAAACCUGUGUUUUUAUAUAAUAUUUAAUUUAACACAUUUGUUAUAUAUUAUAAAUUAUUUGUAAGUAAUAAAAUAUAAUUAUU